AUGGGAAGCCAGGGUGCUGGAGGGUUGCUCCUGGUGUAGGCCUCCUACAUAGUUCUGCUGCUACCACUGGGGACAAGCCACCAAGACUCAGAGACCCAGAACUUCUUCCUCUAUCUGCGGAGGAUACAGGCUUUGGAGAGGGAACAGACCCUGUGGCAGGGGUUAGAGCUGCUGAAGUACGGCCAGGCCUGGUGUGAGGACCAGCUGAGGGAGGCACAGCAACAGCAGCUAUGUGUGUGGGGGGUCACUGGAGAGAAUUUCCUAACAGAUUUAGACUCAGAGCCUGCAGGUCCCCAGUUAGCCCAGAUUUAAGAGGUGAACAUCUGUUUGCAGAAUCUGAUUCAGGGGAAGGCUUUUUCCUGUUUCACCAAGAAUUGGAAGGGAGGCCAAGGAAACGGAACUGAUGCAACGACAGGAGUUGUCAAUGCAGCAGAAAGAGGUCAUUCAGCCAAAAGGGGAGAUGGCUCAGCCAAGCUUCCCCAAGGGGUGUAG